GGCCUCGCGAAGCUGCAGCAGCGCCAUUUGCUGGCAGCAGUUUGGUUGCAGCAGCAGCCAGCCCUUGAGCAGCAGUUUGCUGCUGCUGCUGCUCGCCUGCGGGAUGCAGCUGCAGCCAACAGCAGCAGCAGCAGCAGCAGCAGCAGAGAGGCACUGCAGCAAGAAGCAGCAGCCCUAGCUGCAGACGCAGCAGCGGCUCUCUCCGCCUUCGCUAUAAUGCUGGGCGUUUUCCCAUUCAGCUUUUUUGCCGCAGCAGCUGCAGCAGCAGCAGUAGGGCAGCCAGCAGCAGCAACAGCAGCAUCAGCAGCUGCAGCACCCGCAGCAACUGCAGCAGCAGCAGCACUGCAGCAGGAGUCACGGCGCUUGUCUGCUGCUGUUUGCGCCCUUGCUGCUGCUGCGCUGCUGUGCUUGCUGCUGCUGCAGCAGCAGCAAGCACAGCAGCAACUGCAGGAGCAGCAGCAGCACGAAGACAUACUGCUGCUACAGCAAGAGCAGCAGCAGACAUAG